CAGAAUACUGGACCCCAGCUAAGAACGACUGCUGUGAUGUUAUUUCCGGGGGAUUGCGCAACAUCACCACACGAUACAUCAAGGUUUCCGGAUCGAUUGUCCAUUAAGACAAAAGAUCAUUCAUAUACGAUAACAGAUGGCGAGUCAAUGGCAGGAGGUUCAAUUUUUCCCUUAAUUUCAGCAGAAUUAAAAGGAGCCAUAUCUUAUUUCGGGCAGCAAAAAAAGGCUAGCAUUGAGGUAAGACCUUUUUGUUUUGAUACUCUCAUAUUUGAGAAAGUUUUUGCUGUCUGCAAAUUGAUUUGUGGUCUCUAGGCUGCUGGAAUCAGGUAAAAAUCUACCAAAAGAACCUUUUGGGUGUAUGUGUGGUGUUUUUCAUUAUUAACUACCCAGGUACUGGUUGGGGCAUAUCUGCAUAACUGCUGUGGGGUUUUAUUCAUGUAUUUAUUUAUUUUUUUAACCAUAAGGGACUGUGAUUGCACCCUGCUGGAGGAUCUGUGAGUGAUUCAGACCAGUGGAGGGAGUUUCUGUGUAUGCCGGGUGGUUGUAGGAUAAUCUUGUAGCAGGCAGAUAUGGCCAACAGUAUCUAGAGGGGAUUUAGAAUCAUUGUUUUUUGUCAUUUGUGGAGUUUGUUUUAAAAUUGCGACUCUAUAGGUUUCAUCCUUCAUCUUUUGUUUGGGAGGAUUGUAUUGCUUUUAUUAUUACAAGUUUCAAUAUUGGAGGUUGGGUAACAAUCUGACCAAUCUGAAUUACAAACCAAGUUUCUAGCCCUUGCUGAGCGCUGAACAGGGGGAGCCUACGCCAUUUUGAAAUAGCACAUGUGCCAGUGGCCAUUUUGUCUGUCUCUUUAAGCACAUGUGCCAGCUGCCGUUUUGUCUUUGUUUUUGAAAAGGUAUAUUGGGCUAUUGGUGGGAGGCACAUCCCCUGCAUAUAACCCUAACAGUUGUUCUAUUGUAUAUAAUAGAUUUUCAUCUUUACAUUUCAUAACAGCAAAGUUCUCUUUGAACUUUUUGGAACAUUUUUUACAUUUUUGUUAUACCUCUCUGCUGUUCCCUGCAGUCUAUUGACUCCUACUUCCACAGGGAUAGGGGGUUUUCCUAAGGAAGAGACCAUCACAUGGUGUUGUAAUUGUAAUUGUCCUUUUGUGUGAGUGAAGGAAGAGUGUUGCAUGGUUUACAACAUAUGGCUAUUUGUUAACUAGCUGUUUCACUUUUUAUACUCCUUGUUUUCCUGCUCUUUCUCUCUUUAUUUUCCUCUCUUUAUCCUUCCUUCCGUCCUUUAUUAUCCCCAUCUCUCUCACUUUUCUCCAUUUCUCUCUUUUAAAACACUUUUGCUUACCCUCUCUCUCUCUCUGUCUAUAACUACCACACUAACUCUUUGCCUUGCUUUUGGCUAGCCCUCUUUUCUGUUUUAAUCUAUUCUCAAAACAACACAUUCUCUGUAGGUUUGGUUGGAAGACAUCUUUUCUGUCAUUGGAAGUCUGGUAGUGUAAGAUAGCUGCUGUCUGCUUAUGAAAGUUGCUGUUGGGAAAGAAAUUCCUGUUAGUUACGACCAUAAGGGCUGUGCUGCGAAGUCGGACUGUAUUGGGUGAAAAAACAGUGAACUGGUUAGCUUUUUGUGAGGAGAAAAAGUGGGCCAAGCCUACUCGGGUUCAUCAAUUGUCGCGUGAGCUUUGUUCUCUUUCCCUCGAGGUCCAUCUUAAGGGUGGAAGGUGUCCGUGGUUCGUACCAAAGCCCGGGGGUGGAGUUUGUCUAUUGACUAUUCCCUUUCUUGUUCGCUUUCUUGACUUUUCGUCACUGAGUGACCAGGUGUCCGCGGUUCGUACCGGAAGCUUGGGGGACGGAACUUGGGGAGGUGAACUGGGGAGGGGUUUCUCUGUUUCUAUCUUUUUUUUUCUAGCCACUUUCUCUCAAAACCUAUUGGCCUGACUGGGGUGACCAGGUGUCCGUGGUUCGUACCGGAAUCCCUAGGAAGGUUCAACUAUAUCUCCCUUGUUCUCACUUCCUGUUGCUCCCUCUCACUUGCUGUCAAUACUCCAGGCAUUGGGGUCUCUUAUCCUGCAGUCAGGGCCCUGUUUUGAGCCAAUUUAGCACGAGGGAUAAGGAAGGUGUCCGUGGUUCGUACCUGUCCGGAUCCCUCAGCCGCUGAUCCUUCUCUCUGAGUGGGCUACGGUGGAUAAUGUCCGUGGUUCGUAUUUGAAGCCCUAGAGCUACUCAGAGGACGAACAGAUAAGGAUCGACGGUGGUCUGCGCGGUGGACGUAGACACUGUAGGUGGACGCAUCUACUUAGAAAAAGCUCGAGACUCGAGUAUGGGUGUAGGAAAAUCUAGGGAACAGAAGGGUACCACUUCUGAGUUCAGGACGGCUCAGCAGCACAUGAAAUCCACAUAUGGAGGAGGGUCUCUUAAGCCCCUCAAAGAUUGGCACAAAUGGUCUUCAGGUUUAGAAUGGUCCAUCCCUAAGGAGGGAACGUUUGAGGUCUGGAUCUGGGAAAAGUUCGUCCGUGAGUUCCACUCCAGACUCCAAACACAUGGGUCUUUAGAGAAGGCCAAUUUGUGGUUACAGGAAUCUACCAAGCUUCAGCAGCAGGGCAUUCAAAAGUCUCAGACAGUAAGGUCAAACAUAAUCAUGUACUCCCGUCCAGCCAGAACUGCAGAAAGCAAUAAUGAUAAGGAUGAGACAGAGCUGCAAACAGGUUUAAAUUUGCUAGCAACACAGGUCAUCUCAACAGCCUCAGCUCAUCUGUCUCCAUCACCACAUCCGGAAUCUGCAAAAGAUGCCUCUGACAAAACGGAUUACUGCCGCCUUGGAAAAUCCGAUUUGGUCACCUUAUGUGAAGCCAGAGGUAUCUCUAUAAUAGACAAAUCCAAAUUAGAAUGCAUAGAGGCCUUGGAAAGGGAUGACUUCCAACAGGGCCCUGAGGGGGAUUACAGGCGCUACGGGGGGGGCAGCUGAGGGAUAGACUUCGGGACGUCUACGGGGUUGGGUUUGAUGGAAGCCGGAGUCAGCUCAUUACCAAACUUUGGCAACUAGACGCCAGUUUGAAAGGACAGGCUCCAUCUAUGGAACCGGCACCUGUGGCCUUGGGGUCUAGGCCUGCGGCCAGCCCUCAGAGGGUGGAGCCCCUAUAUCCGUCCCGGGCCACCCUGGGCAGGUGGCAGGUCCUCUCCAAUCCCCUAUGAGUCCUUACACUAAUUUACCACCAUCCCAGAGGGCCCCCGCCGAGGCUGGUCCACCCUCUGGGGUGAUUCCAGUCCGAGUACAGGAAUGUGAGGGACCCCCUGGACAAAACGCCACGAGCCGUAUCACCUGGCACGUGCCUUUUACUGCAGGGGAGAUCAGGGAGAUUUUAAAUGACCUCACGGAUCACAGGACGAACCCACGUGGGUUCGCUAAGAAAAUGGGAGUCAAUCAGCUAAGCUAUGGGAUGAGCGGAGCAGAUUGUGCGCGCAUCCUCAGAGCCGCAGUAUGCGAAGAUGUGGCUGAUGACAUCAUUUCCAGGUGUGCAAUAACUACACAUGAGCAGCUCACAAUGGGGGGCAAGGAAUUCUGUAAGCAACUGACAGACAAAAUGCCCACUAUGUAUAGUGUUGUGUCCCCAUUCCAGUUUAUGACAGCGAUCCAGGGCCCAGAUGAGGACGCCUCGGUCUAUUGGCGGAGGUUAAAACAAGGGGUAACAGAUGCAGGGUUUGAGCCAGAUGCCCCAGAUAACACCCAGCCAGUAUCGCCCAUCCAUCUAAUGUUAAAGGCUAAAUUUCUGGCUGGAUUGGUGCCUAAGCUAAGAGAUAGGCUAAUGGUUGCACGACCAGAGGCCCAUUCGAUGAGUUUCCACUCCCUUAUGGCAACAAUCCAGGCCAUAGAACUGGACCUGCAUGCCAGGAAAGAGGCCAAGUCGGCCAAAAUCAUGGCAGCUCUUGAGCUAAUAGCCCAGGACCACCAUCCAUAUCCUAGGAAAAAGAAACUCCCCAAACGUACUAAUAUAACUUGUUUUAAUUGUGAUCAAAAAGGACAUUUAGCGCGCCACUGUCCAGAAAAUGAGGACAAGAAAGAACAAAAUUCUCCUAGUGCUUAUAAAGUUGUUCCUGACCGGCCUCACGCACAUAACCCAAACCCGGGGAAAUCUUACCGUAGUUCGGAGGGCCCCCCGGGAACCUACCAUUUCAUACCAGACCCUGAAACAGUUAAAACCAUCGGAGCUGCUACACAGUUCCAUAGCUUCGCCCACUAGGGGAAAGGCAAACCGGUAUCGGCCCAUGUCAAUCUAUUUCUUGAGGAAUUGCCAUAUCCUCUGUCCUGCCUCAUCGACACCAGUGCAGCCAGGACUGUUCUAAAAACACAAGCUCUAAAAGGCAGGAUUCCACUCUCUGGCAACACAACCCCCACCAUUGGGCUUACAGGUCAUCCAGUGACUCUUAGGGAGACAAAACCAUUGUACUGCAGGUUAGGUCAACACACCGAAGCAGUCAGAUCUCUAUUAGUUUCAGAUGAUGUCCCUAUCAACCUAUUGGGAGCAGACAUUCUGUCGGAGAUUCAGGCCAACAUCACUUAUACCCCAGAGGGUGUUGUGGUAACUAGUGCACUCACAGACGAGUUGCUGUGUGCAGUGGUGGCAGUCCCGUAUACUGGAGAACCUGGUACACAUUUGUCCCUGGAUGUACUAGCUGAGAUAGACCCUAAGGUUUGGGCAAAAAACGAAUAGAUCGUCCACAUAUUGUAACAGUGCGACCUCUGGAUCCUCUGGCACCCACUGGUCUAAUACCACCUUUAGCUUGCAACUAUAUUCCAGGGUAGACAGCUGACGUGGACCCGGUUACCACAGGGGUCCAUGACUAGCCCAUCGGAAUAUAGUUGCAAGCUAAAGGUGGUAUUAGACCAGUGGGUGCCAGAGGAUCCGGAGGUCGCACUGUUACAAUAUGUGGACGAUCUAUUUGUUGCCCGGACAAGGAUUCAUGCUACAGACACACUAUCUCGCUACUGAACCAUCUGGCAUCCACUGGGAAUAAGGCUAGCAAGGAAAAAUUGCAGUUUUGUAAGGAGAAGGUUAUUUUUCUAGGCCACUGUAUCUCAAAAGGGACCCGACACCUGACAACACAACGGAUACAGACUCUCAAAGACUUCACCCGACCUCGUAAUGCCCGACAGUUGAGAGCCCUUCUAGGUCUGAUCAAUUACAGCAGAGAUUGGAUCCCUAAUAUUUCAUUCAAAAUGGGCCCUCUCUAUACUUUACCCUCUCAGACACCAUUUCAAUUAACUGACGAACACUGGUCAACCCUCCAGGAUCUGAUCCAGCAACUCUCCAGGGCCCCGGCACUAGGUCUUCCCAGCUAUGACCUACCCGUUUAUCUCUUUUGUCACGAAAGCAAAGGGCAUGCCACUGGGGUACUGACCCAAUUACAUGGAUCCAGUCAUCAAAGGUUCACCUGGGUGCAUCCGAGCUACCGCCGCCUGUGUGGUGUUAUUACAGAAAGUUGGUGACAUAGUUUUAGAUUCCCCUCUAACCCUUCUCACCCCACACUCUGUCCAUGAGAUUCUCAACCAGGUCCAGACCAAACAUCUCUCAGCAGCACGUCUGACCAAAUAUGAAGUGGCUCUCCUCACCCCUACUAACCUCACACUGAGACGAUGUACAAUCCUCAAUCCCGCAUCUCUUCUCCCGACCCAUUCUGACUCGGAAGAAGGGGGGGGGACGAAGGGAUUGUGACUGACUCUAACCCAACCAUGACAGAACCAACAGACAAUCACAACUGUCUUGAACUCAUGGAACUCGAGACAGAAGCAGUUAGCCCUGUCAAGAGAGCUCCCCUUCCGGAAGCAAUAGACCUUUUUGUAGACGGUUCCAGGUAUUACACAUCAGAUGGUAAACCUCACACAGGAUACGCUGUAACAACAGUUGACAAAGUAGUAGAAAGAGGCUCUUUUAGCAGCCACAUGUCGGCCCAGGAGGCUGAAUUACAUGCAUUGGCCAGAGCCUGUGAAAAACAUGAAGGUUUAAGGAUCAAUGUACACACGGACUCGAGGUAUGCUUUUGGUAUAGCUCACGAUUUUGGCCCAAUCUGGAAAGCUAGAGGAUUCCUUACUAGCUCGGGGAAACCUGUAAAACAUACCGAAAUGAUCAAUAGAUUGUUCAUAGCAUUCACUCUUCCUUUAGAAGUGGCUAUCUUAAAGGUCAAAGCUCACACCACAGAGACCACCAUGGAAGCCAAGGGCAAUGCAAUGGCUGCUAAAGAAGGAGCCCUUGAUCCCCAUCCCGUCUCUAAUGCUAGCUAAACCCACUAAUGUGUCUCUCAAGGAAUUUGAGAAGUUGCAGGCUCAAGCGGAGAGUACAGAGAAGCGAAAAUGGGCAAUGUUGGGGGCAACAGAGGGGGCUGAUAAGAUCUGGAGUCUCGAUGGUAAGUGGUGCUUGCCUAAAGCAUUAUAUCCGAUGAUGGCCCAUGUAACCCACUACCCUAGUCACCAGUCCAAAACUGUCAUGUGUGCCCAAGUAGAGGAGUACUGGAUAGCUUCAGGAUUCUCUACCACAGCCACCAAGCUCACUAGUGCUUGCCUGGUCUGUGCCUAACACAACCCUGGACGACGGGCUGUAGCCCCAAGGAAACAUUCUCCAAAACCUGAAUACCCCUUCCAGAGAAUCCAAAUAGAUUAUAUCAAAAUGCCUAAGAGUGGGCCCCACGAGUAUGCUUUGGUCUGUGUGGACAUGUUUUCUAGUUGGCCGGAGGCUUGGUCUGUUAAAAAUGCUAAUGCCGUAACAACUGCUAAAAAGAUCCUUUCUGAGGUUGUCUGUCAAUGGGGAGUACCUGAAGCCAUCUAAUCUGGCCAGGGGACUCAUUUUACCGGACAGGUUUUUAAGGAAAUUUGUGAGGCCCUUCACAUCAACCAGGGUCUCCAUACUCCAUACCACCCCCAGAGCAGCGGCAAGGUAGAGAGACUAAAUGGUACUCUUAAGAACAAGAUCUCUAAGAUAUCCACUGACACGGGCAAACCUUGGCCUGAGUGUUUGUCUAUUGCCCUGUACUCUGUGCGUAAUGCCCCAAGACGGCCUCACGGGCUGUCCCCUUAUGAGAUUCUGUUCGGGAGUAGGCCCAAAACGGGAUUGUACUUUCCCCAGCAGCUGUCGUCUUUACAUUCUCAGUUGACGGGGUGACUGGGUAGUCAUAAAGAAACAUCAGCGCCAGGGACUAGAGGCGAGAUACACCGGGCCGUACCAGGUUCUUUUGACAACAUCCACCUCCCUUAAGGUCGAGGAACGUGACGGGUGGAUCCACGCCAGCCACUGCAAGAAGCUGCUGGACUAUCAAGUGCAAUGAUCAGGUGCAUUGUUUCUAUAUACACUUGUUGUUUAAUGUAUUUUGGAUACUGUUAUGAGGAGUCACAUCCGAAUUAACUGUUCAAGAUGCAUUUACAAUUAGCAAAGACAGCAAAUAGGUCCAACUGCUGGUUGUGCUCCAAACCCCCUCUGAGCCAGAGCAUCCCGGCGAUGGCGGCAGUACAUGCCCUUUAUGACAUCAGGGUGGGCAUGAGAAAGUUUAGUCCUUCAGGUAGAUCAGCGGAACGCCAUCUGUCCAUAGAAUUUAAUCAGACAUUCUUAGAUGGUAACGUCACCUAUGGUCUUGAUGUCAGCUCCGAGGCUUGUACUAGACUUAGCAGACCCGUGUGGGUAUCCGGUCAAUUAGGCCAGACCGGGAUUUGUUUUAAUAUCAGUUCUGGGUUUGGAGCCAAGUCCCUGGGGAGGACCGAAUGCCCAUCUGGGAUAACCAUCCAGAUCGACCAUAGAAUCCCUGAC